AUGACGGUCACUUCGUAUGCCCUUUGGAUCGCUGGCCAAGAAGCAGCGGGACAAGAAGAGCUGAUCCCUAUUGAGAACCCUGCUACGGGAGAAAUAUUUGCAACUUGUCAUGCCGCCUCGGUCGAGGAUGUUGAACGUACUGUCCAGCAAGCAAAUGCAGCAUUCAAAUCUGGAGUCUGGUCAAGGGCCGAGCGCAGUGUUCGCGCAGAUGUUCUUGAAAAGAUCGCCACGAUCCUCGCCGAAAAUCUCCCAAGUCUGAUAGCCUUGGAAGUCCAACAGACUGGCCGUGUGAUCAGAGAGAUGGAGGCACAAGUUCCAUCGCUGUUGAAAUGGUUCAAGUACUAUGCUGCCAUUCUGCGGACUGAAGAACGAGCUGUGCUUCCCACCACUGGAAAACUACAUAACUGGAUCGACCGUAAACCCCUGGGCGUAGUCGCCCAAAUCACACCUUUCAACCACCCACUUUUGAUUGCGGUCAAGAAGAUUGCUCCCGCCCUCGCAGCAGGCAACUCCGUCAUCGUGAAGCCCUCAGAGCUAACACCCAUCACUUCGCUCCUCUUAGGCAAGAUCAUGAAGCAAGCUGGACUUCCUGAUGGCGUCUUCUCUGUGCUCCCGGGUUAUGGCGCUGUCACGGGGAAAGCACUCGUCUCUCAUCCUCUAAUCAAGAAAGUCGAUGUCACAGGCGGUACGCCUGCAGGUCGUGUAAUAGGUGCCAUCGCUGGUGCGAAUCUCGCCAAAUUCACCGCUGAGCUGGGCGGGAAAGCUCCUAUCAUCGUGACUCGAGAAGCCGAUCUCGAGCUGGCUGUUAAUGGAGUUGUGUUUGCUUCUUUCAUUGCGAGUGGGCAGACUUGCGUCGCCGCCACGAGAAUCAUCGUUGAGAGUAGUAUCAUUGAAGAGUUCUCAAGGUUGCUCGUGCAAAAGGUUGCCUCGAUCGAGCAAAGAAUGGGAUCACCGGAAAACAAGGAGUCUAUGAUGGGUUGUUUAAUUUCCGCAAGGCAAUUGGGAAAUGUUGAGACCCUGGUGGAUGAUGCGGUUGCGAAAGGAGCAAAAGUUCUCACGGGUGGGAAGCGGAUGUCAGGAAUUUCCCAACUUGAUGGAUUUGAGUUUUCGAAGGGUCACUUUUAUGCUCCUACUGUGCUGGCCGACGGACCCAUGACGAAGAUCGUCGACGCGAGGAUAUGGAAGGAGGAGGCUUUUGGGCCCGUCAUUGUCGUGGUUCCCUUCGAGGGAGAAGAUGAAGCGAUACGCCUUGCCAAUGACAGCGAAUUUGGACUGGGAGCUGCAAUUUGGUCGCAGAAUCUCUCGCAAGCUUAUCGACUUGCUGAUGCUGUCGAAUCCGGCAUCUGCUGGGUUAAUACGCACCAUCGAAACGAUCCCAGUAGUCCAUGGGGAGGUAUUGGAAGCUCUGGCGUUGGGAGUGAGAACGGGAUCGAUGCCUACCACGCCUACACAACAACGAAGAGUACCAUAAUCAACUACGCCUCAGCAGAAGAGGCACGCUUGAACGAGGACUGGUUCCGGGAGGGAGCCCGUGCAGUCCGUUAUGGAUGA